GACAAAAUAAGAGGUUGGGACCCCCUGAUCUACAGAAUAUCAUAGUAUUAGUUAAAAUAAUACUUAUAAGCAAGACUUAUCAUCAAACUGUGUUAGGAACUCUGCUUAUUACAUCCGCAUCUAGGCUAUACAUACUGUAAAACUAAAAGGUCACAUCCGGAAAACCAUAUGCAGUAAACACAGUACUUCAGCGAUACAAUGUACAUCCAAGACUUGUAGGAUACGUGUUACGUGAUGUAGGUCCUCUAUUGUAGCAUGUUUAACAGUUAUCAGUAUAAAAUUUACGCCAGCAGCUAUGCAAAAUUAACAUUCAACAAGAUGAACAACCACCAUAAAGUUUACAACGACAGCCACGCACCAUUCUGUAGUAUACCCAGCGUCAUUCACUGAAGUCGUUCUCAGCCUCUUUCAGGUAGGUAUUGAUCAGCAUGGAAGUAGCUGUCGUAUUCAGUUGAACCGAUCUAUCCACGAACAAAGUGGAUCGCCAGAUUUUUCAACAAUAUUUAAAUGUUGUGAGCGAAUAGCUAUGAACUCGAGCAUGGAAAAAUAUCGGUGGGAACCACGUGACACUAUCUUGUGGGGGAGAUUUGAGCGACAGGUACGCAGGCGGAUGUGAUAACACUACAAUAUACAUACUCGGUCUACAUCUUUAUUAUACACGUAAGAUAGGAGGUGGACGCACUGUUAGCAUUGCAUAUGGAUUUCUAACGGGUUUGUCAGUACAGGCGUCGAGUGACGAAUGGGGAGGAGGGAUUGAGGCUCCUGAGAAUAUGUUGACCAGAACAUUAUCAGAAUGAGGAUUCAUCCGCGGAAGGUUGUGACAUACGGCCUGUUCGCUCUGGUCAUUUUUUUCAUGUUCCUCCUGUACAACCAGAAUACGUUGACAGGCGUUGACAGUGACCCUCCGUGGAAAGAUUCUGCCCACAGACGCCCUCUGAAUGAGAGGAAAGUGGACCCACAAGGUCGAUUUCAUAAACAUGUACUUCAAGAUCGACGAUCCAUUCCACUCACAACAGAAAACCCUCGAUCUCAAAGCUCCUUAUUGUGGCCAACAAUCGAAUACUACGACGAUGACAGAAUUUUGGCCCAGAUGGCCCAUCGUUCGAAAGGCGUGCUCGAAAAGGAGAAGAAAAAAGAACGAGUAAAGGAAAAAGUAAUUUUAGUUUACCAUGGUUACGGGGCGUGGGGUGUGCAGCCGGGGCGGAACCAAUUCAAGGAGCAGAAGUGUCCAGUUCAGCAUUGUCACGUGACUGAUGACAGGCGUCGGAUCAAUGAUGCAGACAUUGUCAUGAUGCACCACUCACCCUCGCGACCUUGGACGUCAAGGCCACUAAACCAAAUAUGGCUUUUAUUUAUGCUAGAAUCACCGUACCAUACACCGGGGCUGAGUGGAGUCAAUGACGUAUUCAACUGGACGGCAACAUACCGACACGAUUCUGUGAUCGUAGCGCCGUACGAACGCUUCACUUUAUAUAAUAAAUCGGUAAGAACGUUACCGCUCAAGAAGAACUACGCUGCCGGUAAAACUAAAAAGGUUGCUUGGUUUGUGUCAAACUGCGGUGCACGAAACGGCAGGCGUCAAUAUGUAGAUGAAUUAUCAAAGUAUAUACAAGUGGAUAUUUACGGUGCCUGUGGAAGAUUAAGAUGCCCCAGACACAAAGCUAAUGAUUGUUUUACAAUGCUCAGUAGAGACUAUAAAUUCUAUUUAUCAUUUGAAAACUCCAACUGCCGAGAUUACAUUACGGAGAAAUUCUUUGUGAACGGUCUAGGGAACGAUGUUUUGCCUAUCGUGAUGGGUGCAGCACCGGAAGAUUACGUGAGAGCGGCCCCAUAUCACUCACACAUUCACGUGGACGAUUUCGAAACUCCCAAAGAUCUCGCAGAAUAUCUUCAUAAACUGGACAAGAAUGACACGUUGUACAACGAAUAUUUCAGGUGGAAGGGCACCGGUGGAAAUAUAAACACUUUCUUUUGGUGCCGCAUUUGCUCUAUGAUUCACGAGGUUGGCGAAAAUAAUCACCCAGUUGCAUAUCACGAUCUCGAGCGAUGGUGGCGCGGCCCUGGUGUCUGUAUUGGACAGUCUCGGUGGAGGGAAAAUAUGAAAAAUUCUCCAAGCUAUACAAGGAACCCUUCUCCUCCCCCGGAGUUGCAGGAGAAUACGGACUUGCUUGAAGCGGGAGUCAUUCGUAAUACAACCUUCAGUAAACACUGGCUUUUCUCUACGCUGAUGAAACUUAUUCAGGAGGUAGAAAAAGAGAUGGACAACAAAGAAGAAGAAGAAGGAGAGAAUGAUUUUGGUGUGGAUGUGGAUGAAGAGCUGCAGACUGAGCUUUGUAAACUAUGGGACAUGUCUAUGAACUCGGAAGUUGUCCAGUUUCUGCAUGAGUUCAAAGCUGUUGAAAUAUUUAUCGGAGUGAUCGGUAAAUCAAAAGCGCCCAGGGUCACAGAAAUUUGCAUAGGAAUCCUGGGAAAUAUGGCUUGUAACAGCGAAGUGUGUGUGACAAUGUCAGAAAAUGAGAAAGUUAGGAGUAUGGCCUUGGUAUUGCUAGACAACUCUGAUCCUCAAACACUGAAUGAAACUGCCAGGUUUCUUUACACCAGCCUGUCCAAUCCUGCUGCUAGAGGAGCGUGGAUUGAGGCCAUCACUAAGGCGGAUGACAUCCAGGACCACAUCAACUUCAUCUUCCAGAGCUCCACAAACUGUGAUCUGUUACAGAACAUGGCCGAGUUUUUUGAUGUAUUACUUGACGUGGAUGAGGAGCUCUGUGAAAAAUGGGCCACUCCCCUCCUCAUCCAAUCGAUGUUGGAGGCAAUCAAACAGAUUGGGUGCAGACACAGUGAAGCACUCGAGAGAUACUUACAUAUUUUCCAACUGUUGUCAACCACAGAAACGGGUGUUGAAUCUCUAGUUGAGUGUGCAGAUAGCCUAUGUCCCGUGCUAAUGAGGUACCUGAGCAUAGUUUGUGAGGAUGAAAUAGUUGGCUUGGAAGGAAGGGAAGCAGCGCUGGCCUCAGUCUUAUCUGUCCUUAAUGUCAUCUUUACUUCACAUGAAGAUAUGACUGCCAUGCUUCUCCAAGAUGAAAAGUUGUUAAGAAUCUUUCUGAAGAUUCUGGAUCCACUGAUGCCCUAUGUUGAAUGCAUCAGUGCAGAAGAACAUUCCAAAGGGUCAGAAGUUGAAAAAGAGACCUCUGGUGGUGUAAAUGGAAAGGGAGAUAAUAGUACAUCUGAUGAACAGUCUGCAGCUUCUGUUGACAAUAAGAGCUCACAGGAAAACAUUGAAAUUAGUGGAGAGGUGAAACCACAGACAUCAGAUGACACAGUUGAUGAGGAGAAUAGUGAUGAAAUUUCAGAGAAAAUUAAAAGACAUAUCAUGAUGCUAUAUAGAAUCCUUCAGGGGUUUGCCUAUGAUGUUAUGUUUUCCAUUCAUAUGGAAAUGACAGAAGAAGAUGAUUCAUCGGAGUCAAGCCAACGUAAAAAUCUCUUCAUAUACAUGGAUGAGUCUGUCAGUAGGAUGCGUCUUAACCACUUCAUCACAGCUUUAACAGAUUCGGCAAAUGAGUCAUACAAUCCAUUAGAUACAUUACGGUCCGCAGCAAGUAAAUUCAAACUUCAAAGACUUGAUCAGAUCAUUCGUUCAGUCAUGGAAGGACUAUAUGUAAACCAAGAAAAUUCUGAUGAAGACGGAACAUAGUUAUUGUAUACCAGUAGAUAAGGAGCCAUGCAGAUUUUUGUGUUAACUUCAUAAUUUACAGCAAAUAUUAGUAAAACAUAGAUAUUGAA